ACCGUCAAGUCUGGACGCUUGAAUCCCCGUCAUUUGUGCGUCAGUGAUUGUGCUGGGCUAAGCGCCCUGCAUUUGUAGUCACUGAGUCAUGGAUCUGCUCCAUAGUUGGGGGGUGAGCCUGGCGGUUUAUUUGCAGAAAGAAUACAUUGCCUAUGAUAGUUGGUUUCAGCUCAUUUCCUAUGGGGCGGACCUCCAUACCACUUUCUUCAUCUUCUUCCCCAUCUGGUUCCACCUGAAAAGAGAUGUUGGCAUCAAGCUCAUCUGGGUGGGCGUGGUUGGGGACUGGCUUAACCUGGUGCUAAAAUGGGUUCUUUUCGGAGAACGGCCUUAUUGGUGGGUCCAUGAAACCAGGUUUUAUGGCACUGACCCAGCCCCUGCCCUCAGGCAGCUUCCCAUCACGUGUGAGACUGGACCAGGAAGUCCUUCUGGACAUGCAAUGGGCUCUGCUGCGGUAGGGUAUGCAAUGGUCACAUCAAUGCUAUCCAUAGCUGCUCAGAGAAAACCUUCUGCUUUGCAUUACUGGCUUUUACAGGUGGGGCUAUGGACGCUGUUGGGGCUGGUAGAGCUGUUAGUCUGCAUGUCACGUGUUUAUGUUGCUGCCCACUUCCCCCACCAGGUUAUAUGUGGAGUUAUCUCAGGUAUCACUGUAGCUGAGAUAUUCUCAAGACAGCAGUGGAUUUACAAGACCAGACUCCAUAGGUACUUCAGCAUCUCUCUGUUCCUGCUGGUUUUUGCCGUGGGAUUGUAUGUCCUCCUAAAGGCUGUGGGUGUGGAUCUGCUGUGGACUUUGGAAAAAGCGCAGAAAUGGUGCGUGAACCCAACCUGGGUCCACUUGGAUACGACGCCCUUCGCCAGCCUGAUGCGCAACGUGGGCAGCUUGUUUGGUCUGGGCUUGGGCCUGCACUCACCGCUCUAUACCAAGAGCACAAGCGCCUCAUUCAGAAUGGGUUGUAUUUCCAUAUCAUUAGUUCUUCUGCAACUCCUGGACUUUUUAAGUUUCCCGUCAGAUAACCAUAUCAUUUUUUACAUUCUGUCAUUUACAAAAAGUGCAGUUGCCCUUUUAGUUCCUACCAUACUUGUUCCUAGAUGUUUGUCUUUUCUUGUGCAGGAAAAUAAAAUUGAAAAGGCUUUAUAGAAAAAAAAAAAUGAAGUGGUUGACAUUGGCGAGUGAUAAAUGCUCAGGUACUUAUCUGUGCACGUCUACAGCAUCAGGUUUUACCCUGUCAAGUUCGUUAAAUGUACUUCAGAAGCCACUUACAUCACACAUACGGUUUAGUAUUUAAAUAAAAAAUGAUCAUAAUUAAAAUCUCAUGCUUAGGAACUUUUCAGCCAAAGCCGUUCCCCUGCAAAUUCUCAACAGUUUGAUUAUCUGAGAAUGACUGGGCUGAAUGUCUAGCUUGAUUCUUAAUAUAAGACUGCAAUAAUGACAUUUUCUUAAGAUGGAAGUGUGGUAUGAUUUGCUUUGCUUCUGCUAAGGCGUUUAUUCAGUUGUUGGUUUAAAAAAAAAAAAAAGUCCACUUGGGGAAUCUCCUUCAUAUCUUCUGAAUGAGUCUAACCCAUUCACUAAAGCCAAUAAGAAAACAUGUCCAAAGGUCUUUCUAUCAGCUCUAACAGCUUGUACUCUGUACUGCUCACCGAACAUAGUGUUCUACAUGCGUAGAAUUGUAAAAUGCUGAGUUACUAAUUGCCACUGGGACCAUGCAAGUCCAGCUGUUACAACUGUAUUGUAUAGAUUUUUU